GCGAAUGUAGGUUUAGUUUGCUGGAAGAUAAAGGCAGUUUCACAUUCAAACCUUCUAAGGAAGCAAAAAGAUCAUAAAAACGCAUUUAUUGAAUUUAUUAUCAUAAAAUAAAUAUGAAAUUAACAUAAAUUCUUCAUCGAGUCAAUUAAAAAAUUAAGCUAAUAUUCGGAAUAUAAAAGGAGAUUCAUAGGUGUGCAGUACAAUUUGCAGUUAGAAGAGAAGCAUCUUAUAAAAAUAUGGCGGAACUCCAACAUGGAUUUACUUGCUACUGGAUUAUAAAAAAUUUUUGUAUUGACGAAAAUGUUCCAGAGUGUAAGAUUAAAAGCCAAAUAUUCGAUGUUCCGAUGUUAAUAGAUUCAACAUGGUAUUUAGAAUUAGAUCAUCGGGAGUCUAAACCUUUAGCAUUAGGCCUUCAUAAAGUUGGACCGGCCAGUAAAAGUAACAUCAAUUUAGAAAUGUCAAUUUUAAUGACGGAAAGGGAGUGGAUAUCAGUUGUAAAAGGUCUUUGCCAAGGAAUGAGUCCUCGGGCACCACCUAGAGGCGCUCCUUAUCUGAUAAAAUGGCAUGAGCACACUCCAAUGAAAAGAUAUUUGCUAGAUGGAAAGUUAACGGUUAGUUGUCACAUGUCUAAUGAGGAGACUAGAAAUCGAUAUGAGCAAUGUGUUAUGACAUCUCGAAUGAUGUCUAACUGUACAAUUAUACAUGAAUCAUUACAAAAGUUCACAUCUUUGAAACCAUAUGAUUUAUUAAACAUGCCGUUGUUGCCACUGCACCCUACCAUUAGUUUAAUGAGCACUAAAUGUACCCAAACAGAAGACGACAAUGUAUUUAAUGACUUAGAAGACAUACUGAAACUUUUCAGAGAGAAAAAGUUUCGUUACGUCACUCUGCGAACAGCUUCGAAAGAUUUCGCUGUGCAGAAAGCUCUUCUCUGCGCCAGGUCUCCCGUAUUUAAUGCCAUGUUCCAAGGAAAUAUGAUGGAAGAUCAGAGCAAUAUCGUCGACAUAAAGGACAUAGAUUGUAACACUUUGUUCUUACUGGUGCAAUUUUUGCACUUAGAACCGAUUGGCGAUCUUGCGUGGGAUGCCGCCAUUAAACUUUACUAUGCAGCAGAUAAAUACCAGAUUGAUCUGCUAAAGAAGGAAUGCCUAUAUUUUUUGAGAAGAGAUUUAUCAGACAAAAACAUCUGUGAUGCCUUUGUUUUCGCUGAUGCCCACCAAGACGAAGAGCUUCAGAAAAGUGCCCAGGAAUAUUUCUGCAAAAAUUCCAGAACUAUUUUACGCUCAACUGAAUGGGCAGAUUUGCUAUACAAUCGAGCUGAUUUAGCCUCUGAUAUUUUGUACAAACUUGCAGAAAAUCUUUAAUUAAGUUUAAAAAGUUUUAGUGUAUGGAAACAUUUUAGUUUUUAAAUAUUAAAAUCGAAUAAUAUUUGUAAUAAAUUUCCUAUAUAUUCCCCUA